AUGAGUGCGACACCACGACCAAAGCGUAAGGCUCCGAAAGCUGAUUCAGGAAUCAAUGGACUCAUUACAGCAUGUAACAAGAGUAACCGCUUCAAACUCUUAGAGGAUGCUACCGUUUCCCCAGGAGACCUAGACAACCCUAUCCAUUCUGUGUUUUCCAAGUUGGACAGUGUAGAGCCGAUGAAGCAGAUGCUACAGCUGGCGUCGCAUUUUCUUACCCACGAUACACUUUUAUCCUUCUUCAUACCCUUAUUGUACGGCCGCGAACUUAAAGGCGUCAUCAAUGGCGCAUAUAAAUCUUAUCUUUCCAACCCUCUAGCCAGUGCGUCCGGAGAAAAGUAUCGACUAUAUCUAGCCGGUGUGCGCGAUGCGUUGGAAUGUCUCAGUCACAGUGUUUCAUUUCAUUUUGUGUCACCUGUAAAGCGAGUGUAUGCGCGCACUCUAAGAGAAGAUGAACCAUUAGCUCACAGCACAGAAUGUUAUUCCCUGUUCCAGCGAAAGUAUUCUUGCAAGAUUGAGUUGGCGGAAUACUUCAAAAGCUAUUAUACCAGCGGGGAGUAUGCCGCAGCGUCUCUAUGUGCGCAAUUUCGUCACGACUUCCUUUUUGCCACUACGAUUGUACAUGAGAUAGUCCAUGCAAUCGGUGUGCUGCGGCGAGGCAACCUUGACGAACCAUAUAUCCGAGCUGAUUGCCCAGAUACCGAGUGGGGGUAUGGCUGGGAGCAUUUCAUGUUUGGUUGCGUAAUCAAUCCACAAGAUAGAUCUAAGCCUGGAACAUUUCUACUGAUGCGCAAAAUAUGGGCAGAUCCAAAAACAGCGGAAGAGGCAGGGGGCAAAGAGUACUCUGAUGUUUCGAUGUCUUACAUUGCGCAGUGGUUUCGCAAAGACACAUGGGACAUAGUUCGCAAGCAAGGGCCAGCUGCGAUUGCUGCUCCUAUUACCCAUUUUAAGAUUCAGUCUUCGAACAAGCUUGGUGCUUGGGUGGUUAAGAGCGAUUGCCUAGAGAUCAUAGAUGAUUUGAUUGAACUACAUGAACAAUGGGGAAGACGUGACAUAAAGCCCAGCCCUGUAUCAGGCUCUCCGACAACAAGCAAUGGCCGUGUGCGAUGCACAAAGAUUCUAUGGCAGUCCAUGACUUCUGAGCAGCUCCAGAAACACAAUGUACCUAUACCGGUUCGUGUACCGCAAAACACACGAAGUCUUCUGCCGUGCUUGCAAGAUGACCCGAAGAGCCAAAUUAGAAAGUGUGAACAUACGCACACAGCGCUUCCAUUCAACAAAGAAGUCACUGAACUCUACAACACCCUUAAUCCCUAUUGUCGUUCCACUCGGAAGCGGCACGCAGGUCCGGGGGAAGAACGUAGCAAAGCUAAAAAGGUUAGACAGCUGGAACCGGAAGUUAAUUCAAAUUGA